UUUCAGGAAGAGCAUCUUCACUGACUCAGUACGUCGUUGACAACAACAGGGACCGAACUAAAUAAUAACAACGGCUGUCUGUCAGCUACAUUUUGGUUAUACAAAUUACCAUUGUAGCUGUCCGGGAUUCAUACGUUCACGGGUCAGACAAAUGAAGUGACCGACAGGAUAUGAUGUCAUCAUUCCAAGUGGUGGGUUCGUCCCCCAAUAGCAGUGUUGGCGUGAUGGAAACGUCUAAUUUUGCUCACGUCAUCUUUCAGAACGUGGGGAAGAGCUUCCUCCCCCAGGCUCCGCUGGAAUGUUGCUAUACCCUGACCCCCUACCUCACCCCCAAUCCCAAAGAUUGGGUGGGCAUCUUUAAGGUGGGCUGGAGCACAGCCAGGGACUACUACACCUUCCUCUGGUCUCCCAUGCCAGAGGACUAUGAACCUGGGAGCACCGUACACAGGACCGUGGUGUUCCAAGGCUACUAUGUUCCCAAGAGUGACGGGGAGUUCUACCAGUUCUGCUACGUCACCCACACGGGGGAUAUCCGCGGCGCCAGCACGCCCUUCCUGUUCCGCCCGGCCACGCCUACCGAGGAGCUGCUCACCGUCACCGAGGACGACAGCAACUCCGACAUCCUGGUGGUCACCACUAAGAGCGGCCUGCUGGAGGAGGCACAGCAGGAGCGGCGGGAGCUGCUGAAAGCCAUGCACCUCCUGCAGGAGGAGAAGAAGCUGCUGCUGGAGGAGCAGAGGCGUCUGGCCAGGGAGAGGGAGCUGGAGAGGGAGACCUGCAGCCUGCUGCGCACCCACAACCAGGAGCUGCUGCGCUCCUCCCAGGGCCUGUGUGAGGAGCGGGAGGACGUGAGGAGGAGGCUGCAGGCGGCCACGGAGCGCGUGCGCCAGCUGGAGGAAGACCUGCUGGGCGUCACCCAGAGAGGCCUGCAGAAGGAGACCGAGCUGGACUGCAUCAGAGAUCGUCUGAAGAAGCUGCUGGUGGAGAGGGACACCCUGGAGAGCCAGCUGAAGAACGAGAAGGACGAGAGAGAUCUCUACAAGGCCCACCUGCGCAGCACAGAGCUGGAGAACACCAAGCUGAGUGCUGAGCUGCAGAUGCUGAAGGCGGUGGAGCUGAACAGGGAGGUGACCAUCGCUCAGUUCCAGGAGGAGCUGGAGCGCCUCCGGUCUUGCGUGGCCCAGAGAGACAGCCUGGAGAAGGAGCUCAGCACACACACUGCAGACCAGUGCGCACGGCAGGCGGAGGUGGGCCGCCUGGGCGAGCAGCUGCGCCAGGCUGAGGAGCAGCUCCAGGCCUCCCGCCAGCAGGCGGCCAUGUUGGCGUCGGAGCUGCGCGACUCCACCAGCGCCCGCGACCGCACCAUGACGGAGCUGUACCGCGCCCGCCUGGAGGCCGAUGCCCUGCGCGCCAGCCUGGCCGACGCACAGGCCGAGUGCCAGCGCAUGGAGACGCAGCUGGACCGCAUGAGGAGCGCCGCCCAGCAGGAAGUGGGCGUGGGCACCUCGUCGGAGGGCGUGGUGUCGGAGGUGGAGGCGGAGCUCCAGCGGGAGGUGGAGGAGCUGAAGCUCCGCCUCCACAUGGCAGCCGAGCACUACAAGGAGAAGUACCGGGAGUGUCAGAGGCUGCGCCGGCAGGUGGCCAAGCUCAGCGAGGCUCAGGGGGAGUCCAAAAGAAAUCCUGGGGCUUUUACCCUACAGGAGACACUUACUCCCAGUCCGGAGUCACCAACAAGAGGGAGCCUGGCUGUUGCUGUGCUCCAAGGAAUGACUGAGAAGACCUGCGCUCCUGAACACGACACGGAAGAGGCGCUCACACACACCGACACACACUCCGACACACACACAGAGGAGGAGGAUAGACAGGGCGCCGGGGUUGGAGAGGCGGAGAGGAAGGGGCGGGGAGGAGAGGAGGUGGGAAGAGGCAUGAGUGGAGGAGAGGCGAGGGGGAAAGAAGGGAACGUGGAGAAGGAAGAGAGGCACGAAAGAAGCGUGGGAGAGGAGAGCUUGAGGAUGGGGAGUUGGGUGGAGGUGGAGAACGAGACCAAGAGCGCGGAGGAGAACGACGAAGGAAGGGGCGUGGUGGAGGAUGAGGACGGGAGGAGCGUGGAGGAGGAGGAGGAGGAGGAGGAGGUGGAGGGAAGCAGCGUGGAGGAGGAGGAGGAGGUGGAGGGGAGGAGCGUGGAGGAGGUGGAGAAAGAACAGACGCGCUCGGUGGAGGAGGAGCUGGCAAGCAUGGAGGAGAAGUGGAAGGAGCAGUGUGCCAUCAACGAGACCCUCAAGCAACGUCUAGCCAAUGAGGAGGAGCGCUUCAGAAUCCACAUGGCCGAGCGGGCCGGCGAGGUGACAGAGCUGAAGCACAAGCUGGCUCAGGCCCUCAGAGACAAGGAGAAGCUCCAGGAGGAACUGCAGCAGUGUCUGGACAGACAGAGGGAGCGUGAGGCAGAGGGGUCAGAGGUCAAGCAGCCCGUGGUGCUACGCUACCCCCUGCCCUACCCCCAGGACCCCUCCCCACCCCCACUGGUGCCACACAGGCCUGCAGAGCUGCAGUACGGCAACCCCUACUCUGCUGACAGCACCCGAGACGGAGCAGAUGGCGCCCUCUCCCCUGAGCAGAUGCCCCGGCCCCCCCCGGAGGCCCCUACCUGCGGCCCCCCCGCCUCGGCCCCGGGGGCCACCUGGGACAGGGGGGUGGUCUGCAUCCAGCCCUCCCGCAGCAUGAGCCCCCCCGACGGCCUGGAGCACCCCCCAGAGGAGCCCCGCAACGUCGGUGACGGGGCUCAGCCAGCGUGCAAUCACCAAGCUGGCCGACACAACGAAGGAAGGGGCAGCUUCUGCUUUGACUCCAGCGGGGCGGUGCACAAGCGCUGCCCGCUGUGCGAGGUGAUCUUCCCACCGCACUUUGAGCAGCGCAGCUUCGAGCAGCACGUGGAGAGCCACUGGAAGGUGUGUCCCGUCUGCGCCCAGCAGUUCCCCCUCGACUGCCAGCAGCAGCUCUUCGAGAGGCACGUGCUCACGCACUUUGACGGCCACGUGCUCAACUUCGACAACAUCGAGUAGAGCGAGGGGGAGGGGGGGCGAGGGGGUGGGGGGGGGUGUCGGUUUGAAUCCAAUAAACGGGUCAAAGUAUUGCAGUUGUUGGGUUUAGUAUGUUUGAGGUCUAAGACCAACUUGAUUUCAAAACCCAGUCCAAAAUCUACUUUGUUGAAGACUUAGAAAGGGUCAGAGUGAUUACAGGUGGAUGUAGACAAGAUGGUGAUGGCUCCACCAACCUCUGAACCAGGGCUAGAAGGGACUAGCAUUCUUUUUUAGGCCAGGCUCUUGGCGGGAGCUUCUUGGGUUUUCGUCUCAUGAUUAUGAUGUCAUCUUUCUGCUUCUGGAGAUGCUAGCGUUAUUCACCACUGCAUGUGUUUAGUAUCUGUGUAGGAUUCACCUGUUAAUACCAGUCAGUCAAGUCUGUCAGCACUUUCCAAACUUAGCUUCUUGAUUUUCCUGUUACAGCCGUGUCUGUGGGCCACACAGGUAUUAGCAGGCAGGGGACCCUUGCAACACAAGGUCAAAGAUGCUGUAUUUAGUACUCCAUGGCUGGUGGGGGUUGUAGUCUUGGGUGACUUCCAAGCCAUUAAACUGUAUAGAGAGCCUACCUAAAAACUACAAAUGUUGAGCAAAGAUGUCCGACUUUUUUUUUAAGGAGGGGAUGAAAAGAAGGAAAUAGCACUAGGUUUUAGUUUAUAUCUGCACUAAAGAUGCUUUAUUCUGAAUGUAAUGUAUAUAUGAGAUGUAUAAUUUAUGAAGAAAAAUGUGUGAAAUACUGUUGUGACCCCCCCCUCCUCUUCUCAGUGUGUUCCCUCAUGUUUUAGUAAUGACAGAAUUAUGGACCAAUGAUGUUUUACUUCCUGGUGUAUUCUAAAGUCCUCCCCUGGAGUGUUACCCACAGUUGAUUGGAGGAGAGGUAUUUGAAAAUAUAUUUGCAAGCUGAAAAUCACUGCUAUGGACCAUACCAUUAUGUAACCACCACUCUCAUCUAGAAUGUAAAAAUUAGAUGAACAGUCGUGUUCUUUCCCUUUUGUGCAGGUCCAUGUCCGUCUGGCCAGGUGUGUAUGUGUGUGUGUGUGUGUGUCUUUGAGUUUCUCUUCUGUGUGAGGUACUUUAUCUGUUCACCAUCAGUCAGAUAUUUUCCUGUCAUUUGAAUGUGGCUACACAGUGCUGUAAUUAGAUUUCACAUUUACACUCAUAAUUCUAGACUCUGUGUGUGUGUGUGUGUCGGUCUUACCUCUCCAGACAUUCCCUUCUAUGUAAGGAUGUAUGUGUUGGUUUGAAUGUGCAUAUCUAAAAAGAUCUUUAGGAAAUAAAGAAUGCUUGU